AUGGAUAAAAACAAGGAAAAAGCUGUUGAUUUGACCUACACAGUAGAAGAAGCAAUAGAAACAUACGGAUUAGGCCUUUUCCAGUUGCGUGUAGUCGGAAUUUCGGGAAUACUACAGGCAAGUUUCGUCCUGAAAUUUGGAUACACGUAAAUAAAUCGUUAAUAAUAGUCUUAGUAGCGUGCUUAUUGGCCAAUUUUUGGAAAGUUUUUGCGGUCUCUAGUCCGGCUAAUUUUAGCAAUUUUCAACUAAACUGAAAUAGGUUGUAAAGUAAUAUAAUAACUAAAACUAUGCAUUACACUUUUUUGUUUAUUCAUUAGAAUUUUGCUUUACCAUGAACUACGUUGGGUAAUUUGAACUCAGAUUAAACAACCAUUUACCAAACCCGAUCCCGAAUUAUACGCUGCCGUAGUAGCAAACUAUAUCACGACGACAUCUAGUAGAUAUAAAUUUUCCGAGAUAUUUAUAUCUACUACGUAUCGAUUUUGUCCGUUAUGCAGAUAUCGAGUAGAUAUUUUUUCGAGAUUCUACGAAAUCCUCGAUAGCGACACCCCAGGCAUUGCGUACGCUGCGUUUGCUUGUUCUAAUACUCGUAUUUUUUUUAGUACUGUCAGUUCGCCUUAGCCACCCCAAUCCCGGCAUACUUAGCCUGCAGAUUUACGCGUUAUAACGCGUUGAACGGCUAAAUUUACGCGACUAUUUCAGCGGUGAUUACUUGAUUGCCCAAAAAUAGCUAUUUCAAGGACACGGUAGUUGGAAAAAUGUUAGUCAAUUAAAUAAUUUUAAAAAAAUUAAUACAUUGAUGGCGUUUUCGAGGCUGAAGGCCGAUGAUUUGUUGAACAUCGACGAUUGUCGUCUAUAUGGUAGGAUUUAUAUUAUAAAAUUCAAAUUUAUUCACCUGUCCAUUUUGUCCUGUAACCGUCCUUUUGGUGACAUUAGACGUAGUUAUCCAAAAACCUUUCGAGUUUUUUUGCGAACGCAUACGCGAGGUGGGAUAGCUUGGCAGCGCCGUUGGUGUUUUAAGCACCGAAAACGUCUACAAAUUUAGAUAGUGGGACGCUUAAUUACAUACUUACACAAUAUAACUUUAUGAACUUCCGAAUUGCUGAGGCUGUCUUUCAGUUUGCGCCACUUCAAGUCCACAAGGAAGGAAAUUUCGUCCUCAAAAAGCUCAAAGAAUACGCAUUUCACACAGUCGUCCAGGCUGUUUCAGCCUAGGCAGGUGAGGAAUGACACCUUAUGUUUUGUAUAGUGAUAAAACGGACAGCCGACAAGUUGAUUCCUAAUUCUUGUGUCCUCCAGCAAUGCGUCUAACUGGCGGACUUCCGCUGUCACUUAAUACCAACGAUGUACAUAUAUCAUCUCCCUCAUACUCGGGAAACUCAAUGAUUCCCAUUUAUGUAUGCGUCAUGACGCACAUUUCUGUUGAUGGACUAAAAAUCCGACUGUGGUGUAGAUCUCUGCAGCCUUCACAAUGUCAUCCAUUAUGCAGCCUAAUCUACUUUUGGAUCCACUAGCACAUGUAAUGUGCUGGCUUCUACAAAACUAAAUUUCCUUGCAGAUAAGUCUACGUGUCCACACAUCCGUCCACUAUGCAUUUAUUAAACAAAUUCACCGACCAGAUAUAUUAAACUAGUUUUACUUAACUGAAAAUGACUGGGAUCCCCAAUGACCUCCAUAACCACCCAUCUGCAGUUUUUUAGAAUACUGGACGGAUAAAAUUCGCUGCAAUUAGAUUAUGCCGAAUCGGUCAUUUCACUUGCGCAUAAGGCUAAAGCAAGGGGAUUUUAUAGUUGACCUGAGGUGUCGCAUCAAACGAAUGGCCACAGUUUGGUCUUGUGCGUCCUUUCAUACGCGCGGUUUCUCCGGACGGUUUUGAAAGCGUCCAUUUGCUUUCUUCUUUUGCUUAUACUUUCCACAGAACUGGUGUUUCCGUUGCAUGUAGACAUCUAUUCACAACUUCGAAAAACAGAGUUGUAUAAAAACACCUACCUAGUUAAAAGAAGAUUCCCUUACCAAGAUACGUAAGUUCCACGUAGGUUCCAUGUGGAACCGGUGCGCCCCUGAUCAUAGUUAUUCUGGAUGAGGAGUAGCAUACAAGAUUCUUUCUGAACUGUUUGUUGAUCGUUCUAAAUGUUUGUUCCUUCUACACUAAGUGUGAUUGUCAAGCUUCCUUUUGUCAUCGGGAUACUUUACUCUAACAUCUCCAUAUAUACACAAAGUAGUUUGAACUACCCGAAAAUAUCAAAUGAUAUAUAAACAUACAGGGUCAAGGUUUCGUUAUCAGGCGACAAUAGGUUUGUCUUAAGGGGGACAGAAACGGACAAUUGGUUUUUGCAGUCUUCGGGCUUUGCGCGUAAUAACGCUGAUGCCUUGGGUGUCUUAAAGAACUUCAUGUGCGGUUUUGAUAUCUAUUGAUAUUUUUCUGAUGCAGCACCUUCCACUUUCAUCAGGAAACCAUCCAGGCUAGCCUUUAAAAUUGUUUUUACAGUGCGUAUAUAUCUAAAUUACGCCUUAAAUAUGUUGUUGUCGGAAUUAUGUAAAUUCUGCUUGGGUGGUUCACGUUCUUACCUACUAAAUCGACAGUGAGUUUUCGAGGAUUAUUUUUCUGUUCCGAGACUUUGUGGACGCUGGAGUUUUCUAUGUUAUCGUUAAAAUAUCCCAUAUUUUGAGACUAAACCAAGUGUGACUAAGCCUGCUUUUAUGGUCAUAAAUAAGCAUUCUCGGAAUUUUUCCUACAGAUCGUCCUCAAUUAUUUACCCAUCCGCAUUGAACACAGGUCCAGCCCAUGCAAUCAUAUUUUCCACUGGUAUUUGACUGGUGUGUUCGUGUCUAGCUCUUGGUGAAUUAAUUUUACGCGAUAAUCAAAGCAUCAGAUUAGACGCAACAAGCAUGGUUGUUACUGACUACCUUAAUUCGAAUGAAAGCAUAAAUGAAACAUGAUUCGGUCGGUAAUCUGUAAAGAGAUGGGACAAAAUUAAGAAGUGGCCUGUUGCCUUACCUGAGCGUGCUGUACGUGCUCUGCUGUAACUCUGCAACAAAAUUCGGAACAUUAUUCACAAUGCCAGUCAGCGCUUUAAGAAUUCGUGGGCUUAAGAUGGCGUUAGGUUCAGUUGUCUAGGGUUAAAGUACAAAAUAUUAAACAAUAAGUUUACUGUUUCAUUGUGCAGCUAUUCCAAAUGUAAAUUUCUGUCUGAUCUUCCGCAAUUAUGCUUAUCCUUUACGCACAUCAAGUCUGUCAUUAAGAUUCCUUCAAGAUACUACGUCAUUGUCUUAAGUUAAGCUAUCCAUCGUCGUGGGGAAACUGAAUUUUACUACUUUUUAUGGCCUUGACGGUUUUAUCCAAACUACUGGUGCGUACAAUAGUGGAAUAUUCAUUGCUCAUGAUUACAAAAGUUCCGCUUUCUUAUUUUAGUCUGCUGACGCAAUGGAACUUUUGUUAUUAUCCGUCCUCGGCCCAACACUGCGUUGCACUUGGAAUCUUGUACCCUCAGAAGUUGCUUUCAUUACAACGGUUCGUAUUUCUAUCAUGCAAUGCUUGUUUUUUUAAUGAAGCAGUUUUUGAUAUUAAGUUCUACCGUGUACACUAACUGACCAAAUCAGCCGGGCUACUUUGGUCAUUUUAUGUUCAUCCAGAAGUUUUUUAAAUGCAAGUUACAUUAUUUUCUGCAGUGAUUUUUGCACCAAAAUUAAUGUCAGGCCAGUUCACCAAUGCGGGCUGGGCGAUGGUAUUCUGAAUUCGCAUUAGCAGACAACAAUUAAAAACAUAUUCUUUCCCUGUGGGAGUUUUCAGCACAUGUAAACUGCAACAGAACCUAUAACGGAUGUUUGAGCGUGUUUAUAUAUCUGGUACCAAGAGUCUCUUCGAGUGUCUGCCGUCUGCUCAUUGAGUAAGGCAUUUCUUAAAGAAUAGCACGAAAAGUGUACAAAUUUUGGCCAGAUAUUUUUACUGACAAAAUACUGUACCCGCCAUUGUUUACAGCCUUUUAGUGGUCUUUUUGUAUUGUAAAGAUGGAUGAGUCCACUGCAAACUACGUUUUGUGGGCAAAGAACUUCCAUGAUCACAGCAAAUUAAACUAAGGAAUAAUACAGUUAUUUAUUCGCGUGUUUAUUCACCCACCCUGUCCUACUUUAUCUAAGAAAGAUUAUGCACAAUCGUGUCCACAUGAUGUUUCUUCUGAAAAUGGACAUUUUACGCAUUGGGUAUUAAUCAUAUAAGAAGUCGCCAUUUUAGGCGGAAUUGGCGAGUUGUGUUGUCCAUUUCUUAUUGACAUUUCUCUCGCUUAACAUCCAAUGUCCUGUGGAUAACUCGUGUCUUUAGCAAGCGGAAGACAUCUCCUCAAGAACGUUACUUGCUAAGCCAUUACUGCAAAAGAAGCUCUUAUUUUUGAGAAAGUCGCACGUUCGUCUGGGACGGCAACCUGUUGGACGUGGCUUGUAUGCAAGUAAGAGGACAUUGCGGCACAAAUAUUCUGCUGAUCUUUAAAGGGGAUUUUGCGGAAGGUUUCUGAAAUCUUUUCAGUUUUGGGUUAGUCGCUUAUUCUCAUACGUUCGUGCCAGUAUGCAUCCGGUCCCAAAAGCUGACAGCAGCAUAACUUUAGUACAUGUUUUGCCUUAGUUUUUCUCUAGAGACACUUUCCAGCCUCUGUGGUAGCUGCCUUGUGCUCUUUUAAAAUACAUGGUUUUUGACCAGAAUUUAACAGCUCAAAUUGGGAUAGGGUUGGGAUAACACAUCGACGACAUUGCACUUUCGAAAUUAAGAGGAGUGGCAGGUAGGGAAUUAAAUUCCCGGCUCCCGGUGGAGCCUCGUAGCUGAGAUGGUUAGCUCGCUAGUUGAAACCAAGCCUCGUCCUUUCUGUCGUGGAUUCGAAUCACAACGAGGCCUCUUAGUUUUUUUACAAUUGGUUCAGAUGAAUAAAUCCAUGGUGUUACCCACUAGGCUUUCUUGACGACUCCUUUAAAUUAACUGUGGAGUGUUUAGCGUUUAAGUGUCGCAAGUAAACACUUAUUUGCCCUAACCCCACUGGCAACUUAGUUAAAUUCGUAUUGGACUUUAUGCCAAUCUUUGACUUCUAUGUGCGGGACAGGUCGAACCAAAAUAGGAAAAUAUUCACGAAGAAGUCCAUUUUUAGCAAAGUGCCUAUUCUCCACAUUCCUUUGGCUUUAAGCGAAGGCCGAAUGCAGCGUCCUCCGGAAAUAUAAGCCAGUUACCGUUAAAGACUACAACCAUAGAAUGUUUCUCUGAGGUAUGACAGUUCGACCAUCGUUAACGAUGGUGUCUGCCUUGCGUCCCACGGCGCGGUGACGAUGGCUUGUGUUGCGUCUACUGCACUUUUCCCCCUCUCACCUGCCUGAGGCCAGUGUCAAGAGGAACGUAGACAGGAUCAUGCACGCUGGCUGGCAGGGUUGAUCAGACUCUUUAUGCUUGCCACACCCGGUCCGCGCACGACGGGCCAAAUUUUUUGUGCAAAGAAUAAUGGGCCAAUCUGCUCCUAACUGAGUGGGAGUGCCGUGGAGGCCAUGUUAGAGGAACCAUUUCAGCCUGAGUCUCCGUCAUGAGAGGACUGAGUUAUCCUGUCAGUUGGUAGCCUUUCAAACCUCGGCUUUUAGAAGAUUGUGCCAGUUUAAAAGAGUGUCAGGUUGUCUACGGCGUUGAAUUCCGUGAGUACACGGUCAUAAGAGUCAGUCAUACUCUCUAUUCCCUCUCGCAGUGACCAGCUCACUCUCGGAGCAGGUCGGCCAUCUAACGUUGGGAAUUGGGCGCAAGUGGCCGGCGCGGCGUGGGACUGCACUUAUGCGUGCUAGGACACCCCCCUAUAUAGCUUUCUUUAUGGGUACACCGUCCGAAUAACGUGUGCCGUACCCAAAUCUGCUCCUCUUGUUGGUCCAACGCAUAUCCCACGUGGCCCGUUGUCAGUGAUAUACAUAUAAUCAGCUCGAUCGCCGUGAAUGACAGUGUCCACCGUUUACUCCACAGUAGAGUGAAUUUAGGGACAUCUUUUAUAGUGACAGUAGACUCGCGCAGCAUCCACCGCACCCCCUCUUUCCGGAUCCUGGAUCCGGUGUUAAGACAGAGAGGAGAUGGUCGGAGGCAGGUAGGGCGUAGGUGGUUGGCACGGACAAAACCCGCAUCUAAGCUUGCCGCCACAUCCCUGAUCCACAAGAGAAAAGAGGGCGGGAACUCGGAGCCCAUUGGGUGGGACCGCUAUAGAAGCCACAUUAAAAGAAAGCACUGCAGCCUGGCACUCAGUUCCUUAAUCGGCCACUCCCCACAAGCACACACUGGGCUGACUGAGAGGUCCGAGUUACCCUCUCAAUAGGCAACCUUUCAAACCGCCGUGAUAGUCACAAGCGCGUCAUACUGUUUAAAGUGGGGAAUUAUGUGCUGAGUAUUGGCCUUUCUCACUCCUCCCUAUCCUGUGCAUCAGUCCACUGUCCGAGCUAACUAAAUGAUGCUGAGAUUGGGAAAGGUGACUGACAGAGCUAAGAGCAACUUGACUGCGCACGCCACAAACGCGACCUGUACCCCAUACACACACCAGGACUUCACCCACACACAGGGGGUGAAUGGCAUGGAUCCUACAUGCACCAGAGGAGCCGCGAUGAGAAGGGGACCCAAGGGUACAUUGUCCAUUUACUUGAGAGAGACUGAUUAUGUGAGAUGUUGGAGGUGUUCAUUUGUGGUGUAUGUGUUUGUGAAGGAUGUGGUGAUGCGGUCGUGUUUGCGAGGGCAGUGCUGUCAAUUAAGGUUCUCCAUUCUCUGUGCGAUGGAUUCCCAAAUGACCGACCAGGCAGAUGUGCAAUGCGCACGUGUGGUGGCAGUAUGGGCAGGACAGGUAGGGGGAUGUUAGAUCGGUUCCGGUGAUGGUGCUGCCGACGGUCGGUGCUCUUGUCGAUGGGAAUGCGAGAGUUGGUGGAUGUGCAAGAUGUGUUAAGCAUGCCAAUAUUGUGGUGAAUUUCGCUGUUGUGGGUAGGCAUGUGACCGAAUAGGCCCAUGCAGCCUAUCCAUGUGUGUGGACAAUGUGAAAAGCAAAGGCGUAUGGGGCGAAUGUAUGUGGGGCUCCUGGCGCUGGUGCGCCGGUGGCAGUGCGAUGGAUCCGCAAGUAACCGAUCAGGCCGAUGUGUGAUGUGAAUGUGCAAUCGCACUAACGACAGGUCGGGACCGAGUCCACAUCCCCGAAGGUGGACGUGAUGAUGAUGAUGAUGAUGAUGAUGAUGAUGAUGAUGAUGAUGAUGAUGAUGAUGAUGAUGAUGAUGAUGAUGAUGAUGAUGAUGAUGAUGAUGAUGAUGAUGAUGAUGAUGAUGAUGAUGGGUAG